GGUUUCCACUACACGAUUCCCAGAAUCUAGCCCAUCGCGCAACAGUUGUAACUUCUAUUUUUCCCUGAUUUUUAAACUCAAACACUCUCUUAAGCUUAACCACUUCCAAGUGCUCCGGGAAAUUUUCGAUGACUCAACCAUCAAAUCUUUCUCUUUAACGUCGAAAUCCCAUAUUCGUAUUUGGAAAUCUUCCCCCACCCCUUCUUCUCUUUCUUCCCUCUGUGACAAUCUCCUUUUUUGAAUUUCCAAUCGAAGAAGGGGAAGUAGGGCAAAAAUAUACGCUCCUAUGGCUGGCUACAGGGCUGAUGAUGAGUAUGAUUACCUCUUCAAGCUUGUUCUGAUUGGUGAUUCUGGAGUGGGUAAAUCCAACUUGCUCUCCAGAUUCACCAGGAACGAGUUUAAUUUGGAGUCCAAGUCCACUAUAGGUGUUGAGUUUGCUACAAAGAGCUUGAAUAUUGAUGGCAAGGUCAUCAAGGCUCAGAUUUGGGAUACUGCUGGCCAAGAAAGGUAUCGUGCCAUCACUAGUGCAUACUACCGAGGAGCUGUUGGCGCCUUGCUUGUGUAUGAUGUAACACGUAGUGCAACAUUUGAGAAUGUUGCAAGGUGGUUGAAGGAGUUGAGGGACCACACUGACCCCAGCAUCGUAGUGAUGCUUAUAGGAAACAAAUCCGACCUUAGACAUCUCGUUACAGUCUCAACAGAAGAUGGAAAAUCCUUUGCAGAGAGGGAGUCACUCUACUUCAUGGAGACUUCUGCUCUGGAAUCAACCAAUGUUGAUAAUGCAUUCACUGAGGUUCUCACUCAGAUAUACCACAUUGUGAGCAAGAGGGCGGUCGAGGCCGGGGACCACGGAGGCCCCUCGUCGAUCCCAUCGAAAGGACAGACGAUAAAUGUCAAAGAUGAUUCUUCAGUUUUCAAGAGAUUCGGAUGCUGCUCAAACUAGGUGGUGUCCCCCGUGACAGGUGAUUUUCAUAGCCUGUGAUCUUGUAAAUGCUUACUUGGGAAUUGUGAUUAUAUUUGGCAGAAUAAGACUGGUGUUUGAUAUUGAUAGUUUGGACGAUGUAUUACAUGGAAAAUCCUAGGAUUUAAGUUUCUUAAAACAGUCUUUUUAAGAAGACAUGUUUGAAGCGAAUGUCUGCUCUGGAUUUUAUCAGGAAUCAAAACAACUGCUUGCCUUGCCAGAAUUGUGAUUUUUCCAUCAAUCACUAUGCUCAUAGUAGCAGUUUGAUUCUCUGUUUUCUGA